GGUUUGUUUCUAAUGUCACCUUUAGCCACUUGUACUGUCUCUUUAAUUUGGCAUUUCCCUGUACACAGAAAGUGCGCACAGAUACCUGGAGACCUUUGGUACUGCUGGAGAGCACAAUACCAUCAUACAGAGCCGGUGCACAGGAGAGACCACAGCCAGCACACUGGACAAGCAAUGCUAUAGGAGGAAAUGAAGACGGAUCUCCUGUUUACUGCAUAAUAAAGUUAGUUGGAGAGAUGAGACGUUUAACCAGAGAGGGAGAAAGCGUCAUGGGACUUGGCCCACGGACAACAGCACAGGCCUUCGGAAUGAAGCAGCACCCGAUCUCAGAAGAGGAGGAAGGGGAUGAAGAAAACAUGGAGGGGUGUGAGCAGCCCCGUUACAUCCCUAUCCGCAGGCACUCUCGUUUUUAUACUUCGAUGAGAUCACGGAAGCAUCGAAGAGACAGAGGGAGCAGCAGAGAGUCUAUGGAAAUCCAGAAUUCUGGACAACAGGGACACAGGGACCCAAGAAAUAGCCUCAUACCAGGAAACCCUUCACACAGGGAAUAUCUUCACAAUGAGGACUCCAGCAACCCACCUGCUGACACCCCCUCCCCACCAGAGUGCACAUCUACCAGCACAGAGGCACUGCCAGCUGUUUACCCUGCGCCUGCAGACUCCUGGAAAACCUUAAUAGGACACGUAGAGUUCCUGUACCAGGAAUACAGAGAUAAAUCUACCCAACAUGAGAUUGAAGCUCGAAGACUUCAGGAUAAUUAUGUACAGACUCCUCAAACACCAGAUAGUCCCAAAACCCCAGAAAAGGGGUCUCCCCCACCCAUAGAGCAUCAAAGAUCUAACUCCACUUUCAGACGCCUGCAAAACAAUUGCUCUGGCUUCAACUUAUGGCAAGAUCUUCCGGAAAUCAAGAACAGCGGGGUUCUAACUGUCUUACAACCCCAAGAAAUCAAGCUUCAGGAGGCAAUGUUUGAACUGGUGACUUCAGAAGCAUCUUACUACAAGAGCCUGCGUCUUCUGGUUUCUCACUUCAUGGAGAGUGACAGACUGAAAGCCACCAUACACCCUUCAGAAAUGCACUUCAUAUUCUCCAAUGUACUCGAGGUCCUGUCCACUAGUGAAAGGUUCCUUCUGGAUCUGGAGCAGAGAUUUGAAGAGAACUUGGUGAUGUCUGAUGUUUGUGACAUUGUCUUCAAGCAUGCAGAAAACCACUUUAGUGUCUAUGUCACCUAUGUCUGCAACCAGACCUACCAGGAGAGAGCGCACAGGAAGCUGCUUCAAGAAAGGACAGAAUUUCGGGAAGCCGUGGCACAUUUGGAAACAAACCCGAUUUGUCGAGGUCUCCCAUUCUCCUCGUUCCUCAUCUUGCCAUUUCAGAGGAUCACACGGCUUAAACUCCUGGUGCAGAAUAUUCUAACUAAAGUGGAGGAGGGGUCCGAGCGGGAGGCUUCAGCACUACAAGCCCACCGGGAGCUGGAGAAGCUGGUGAGAGCCUGUAAUGAUGGAGUCAGGAAGAUGAGUCGUACAGAGCAGCUCAUCAGUAUCGAGAAGACACUUGAAUUUAAGAUCAAGUCUGUGCCAAUCAUCUCUCACUCGCGCUGGUUGUUAAAGCAGGGAGAACUGCAGCAGAUGUCUGGGCCUCGCACUUCUCGAACCCUCCGCACUAAAAAACUAUUCCGCUCCGUAUAUCUGUUCCUGUUCAAUGAUCUGCUGCUCCUGUGUAAACGUCUGCCUGGGGAGCGGUAUCAAGUGUUUGAUGUUGCUGCACGUGGCCUCCUGUGUGUAGAGGAGCUGGAAGACCAAGGACAGUCCCUGGCCAAUGUCUUCAUCCUAAGACUGCUGGAAAAUGCACAUGAAAGGGAAUUUUCCUACAUGUUAAAGGCAUCAUCCCAAAGUGAAAUGAAGCGCUGGAUGACGUCUCUAGUUCCAAAUCGAAGAACAAAGUUUGUUUCCAUCACUGCCCGGGUAUUUGACUGUCCGCAGGUGCAGUGUGUCCACCCUUAUAUUGCCCAGGAGCCGGAUGAGCUGUCUCUUGAUCUGGCAGACCUUCUUAAUCUUCUGGACAAGACAGAUGACGGUUGGGAGUUUGGUGAACGUUUGCACGACCAAGAGAGGGGCUGGUUCCCCAGCUCAGUGACAGAAGAAAUACUGAACAAGAACAUCAGGACACAGAACCUGAAGGAGUGCUUGAGGGUGCACAAAUCGGAUGACGGCAGCCAGAACAAAGACCGGCGGAAGAUUGGAAGCAGAACACGGCAGUGACCCCUGGAGAUGGCAUGGGGCAGCAUGCUGGGGGACGGGGAAAUAAGCAGUGUGUCUGUGACGCGAUGCAAAUAUUCUAUAUAAAUAUAUGUAUAUUAUCUACAAAUGUGUGUUACUGUUGUACAGGCACCCAUACAUUAACACACUAGGACAGAGCGGAUUUAGGUGUGGAAGCAAAGAUGGACGCGCACACUACAUAGUUCUGAACAGAUUAUAUAUUGGGUUUAUACCUUGUAUAUUAGUCAUUAGUAAUACAUUACGGCAGGCUAUCCUAAACUGUGGUACCAGCACUACAACUCCCAUCAACCUGCGCUGGGAGCUGUUAUUCAACAAGGCGGACUGCAGACAAAUAAUAAAAAUGGUCUGAAUAAUCUUCUCUUCUGCCAUAUACAUCCUUCUACAAGAUUUAUUGGGGGAGGGUCACUGUAUAGAUAUUGUCUUCUAAGACGUCUUUUAUGUCUGAACCGUGUGACACAUACAUACAAAUGUCUCCUUAUGUCUGAGGAACAAGGAGGAGGAUACAAUUACAGGUAUAGGUUUCAAAUGUAUCUACAUGGCACACAACGUGAGGAAACAAUCUUCUUUUGUGUCCAGGGUGCAGGUAUUUCCUCCACUUUUAGCCUGUAUUAUACCAGUCCCACAGCUGACACUUUUAUGCUCCUCGUUAUGUUUUUUUUCCAGUAUUAUUUAACUGUAUUUCCUCUAUUUCCUAAUUACGUUUCUAUCUUUGUGUGGGCAUUUCUCCAUUGUGUUUUAUAUUUGCGGUAUUUUGGUGGUAGGGGGGUGGGGCAGAUCCCAUAUCGUGGCUCGUGGAUAACAUGUUUGGGUUCUAUGAACCUAGGAUCCCAGCACAAAGCCACUGCUAAAGCCAUUUAUUGGAGGAAAUGGGAUCUACAGUAUGUGCAGUUCACUUGCUUGUGUUUUUGCUCAGUUUUAACUUGACCAUAAAGGGCAGAAACACAAUGUGAUUCUUUAUUGGUUUUAAGAAGCAGAGAACUUUCUGAGCGUGAUAACAAUCAGAGCAAUGAGGACAGAGGUGCCAAGUAGGGCUGCCAGGACGAUCGCAGCAACGGCUCCAGGACCCAGGGAACCUGCAGAGUGGAGGAGAAAAAAAGUAAUUCAGAGAAAUAAUCCUAUUAUAUGUAUGACAUGUUAUUAUCCCAUUCUACCACAAUGAAAAUAUCAAUAAACUACCAAACAUGCUAUAUUUGUCAAGCAGAAUCAUUUAAAGGUGUUAAAUGAGAUUAAAAGAAAUGUCCAUUUUCUUCCAGAAAUAGUGCUACCCUUGUCUGGUCAUGCUGGGAGCUGUAGUUUUGCAACAGCUGAAGAGCCUCAGGUUGGCCAUCCCUGGCAUAGCACAUAUACAAGGGUGGUGCUGUAUAGAACUGAGAGCAGCCAUGUUUUUCUAAUCUCAUAUAAACCCUUUAAAUUAGAUACAAUUACAAAUCUGUUUAGAUGCAACUGUAUCAUCUUUCACAAAUGAUCUUAUUUUAUUUUGAUUGGAUUGGAGUCUGAUCUUACAAACCUGUCUAGACCCCUUUACAUGGGCUGACAUAGCAGGCAAUUAUCAAGAACAUUUCAUUCCUAAUAACUGCCUGGACGUCAGAGGAGGUGAGAGCUGCACGGCCAUCAUCUCCUCUGUAUGGGUAUGAGUGAUCGCUCGUUCCCAUAGAGAACAAUUGUAGAUCACUGUUUACGCAGGAGGAUCCGCUGCCCAGGAAGUUGAGUUGAUUCUGGUGCCCACAUCAGUGAUGUUUUCACCUGAUAAAUAAAGUUUGCCCGCUCAACAGGUGAUCGCAGGCACCUUUACACAGGGAAAUUAUCGGGAACGCGUGCUCCUAUGAAUGCUCCUUCCCAAUAAUAGCCUAGAUCACCGGCCUGUGUAAAGGGGCCUUAAGAAUUUAAUAAAGUAAAGUCUCUCCAAAAGACCAACUCUUUCACAAGACAAUGUAGAACGAAUUUAUCUGUGAGAGAAGAUGAUUUUACACUGAAUUGAAAGGUGGUCGUCUAAAAGCGGGUUCACUAUAUACGGUAAAUAGAUAGUCCAUUAGGAGGAAAGUUUUAACUAGUGUUGGGCGUGAAUAUUCAAAUCGCUAAUUUUAAUCGUGAAUAUCGCCACUUCGAGAAUUCGCGAAGAUUUAGAAUAUAGUGCUAUAUAUUCGUAUUCUCGAAUAUUCAAG